AUGCCGCUCUGCCUGUGCUUUCUUCUUAUUCUUAUUCUUCUUCUUCUUCAACGGAGCGGAACAGGAUUACUCGCAUCAUGCUGCUGCGCGAUAGCGACCGCUAGCUUGGAUCUCCUUCCUCCUGCCAGACGGCCCAGUCUCCACAGCGCCCUUGAGCCAAGCACCCGAAGCACGCCGGGCCUGCUGCCUCAGCUCAUCAUGCCGCUGAUAGUGGGUGAUAGUAGUAAAGUAGUAUCGCGGCUGAUGAUGCGCCCUAUCCUUAUCCGUAUUAUCCUCAUUGUCCUCGUCCUCGUCUUCUUCUUCCCGUUUCAUUCCAUAUUACAAUUCCCGUCCAUUCUCAGCUUUCAUGGCCGUGGCCCAUUGCCCAGAGCUGCCUAUCAUGGCCGCUUCCGGCUGCCGACGCGACCGCCGCCGGCCAGCUCUGAGCGGCCAUUGCAACCAGUUCGCUCUAAACUCCCCCCCAUGUCGACCAGUGAGCACGCCUGUCCACCUGCUGAUGGACCGUCUCCCAGCAAGGCGAACAAAGUGUCAGCAGGCUGCCGUCGAAUCAUUGAUUUUGCACACCCAUGGGCCUGCAGCUCGCCCAAGACAGGACUACCCUGGAUACGUGCAUUGGCGUCCGCAGUCAUGCAUCUACCUUUCUCCUUCUAUCAAUCAAGCCGUAUCGUCUGA